UCCCCUCAGGCCGGCGGGUGUCUCGGGCGCCUGGGACGGUGCGCGCGACGGCCCGAGAGGGUUCGGGGCGUGACGAAACGGCUCCCCCGCCUCCCCGGCCUCGGCUGUCUGCGCCCUUUGGCUCCCGCGUUCCUGGAGAGGCUGCUGUCGCUGCAGCUGGGGCUCCGAGGGAAAGCGAGUCCCGGGAGCCAGGGAGCGGCGGUUCCAGGAGGCUCGGCGGCUGGACAGCAGGCGCCCUCGGCUCGGCCAAUGUUUGUUUGCUACUAAUGGGUGUGAGCAAGUUAGAUAUUCUAUAUCGAAGACUUCUCCUCACAAAACUUUUUAUCAGAGGAUGGGGUAGGCCAGAAGAUCUCAAAAGACUCUUCGAAUUCAGAAAGAUGAUUGGAAAUCGAGAAAGAUGUCAGAAUCUGGUUUCAAGUGAUUAUCCAGUACACAUUGAUAAGAUUGAAGAGCAAUCAGAUUGUAAGAUCCUAGAUGGACACUUUGUUUCCCCCAUGGCCCACUAUGUGCCUGAUAUAAUGCCAAUUGAAUCUGUUAUUGCAAGGUUCCAACUUAUAGUUCCUAAAGAAUGGAACAGCAAAUAUAAGCCUGUAUGCAUUCAUCUUGCUGGAACGGGAGAUCAUCAUUACUGGAGACGACGAACGCUAAUGGCUCGUCCUAUGAUUAAAGAAGCCCGAAUGGCCUCUUUGUUAUUAGAAAACCCUUAUUAUGGCUGCAGGAAACCCAAGGACCAAAUAAGGUCCAGCUUAAAAAACGUGUCUGACCUUUUUGUGAUGGGAGGAGCUCUUGUUUUAGAAUCUACAGCUCUCUUGCACUGGCUAGAGAGAGAGGGUUAUGGACCUCUAGGAAUGACCGGAAUAUCCAUGGGAGGACAUAUGGCUUCCUUAGCAGUAUCCAACUGGCCUAAGCCCAUGCCGUUGAUUCCAUGUUUGUCUUGGUCCACAGCAUCUGGGGUCUUCACUACGGGUGUGCUGAGUAAAUCAAUUAAUUGGAGAGAGCUGGAAAAGCAGUAUUAUACACAGACAGUUUAUGAAGAAGAAAUUAUUCACAUGCUUGAAUAUUGUGGAACAGAUUCUUUCAAAAUGGGACAAGAGUUUGUGAAACGCUUCCCUAUCAGCACAGACAAGCUAACUAACCUUAAUCUGGUUUCUAGAACUUUAAAUUUAGAUAUGACAGACCAAGUUGUAUCCCAAAAACCUAGUGAGUGCCAUAAAUCUAGUAAAACAUCUAUCAGUGCCACAUCAGAAGGACUCUUACUGCAAGACACCUCUAAGAUGGAAUCCUUCAAUCAAACACUUCCAACCAACAAAAGUAAUUAUACAAGUUGCAAUUCACAGUCAUAUCACCUACUUAGUAAAGAACAAAGAAGAAACAAUCUUCAGAAAGAAUCUUUAAUAUUCAUGAAAGGAGUCAUGGAUGAAUGUACUCAUGUGGCAAAUUUCUCAGUUCCAGUUGAUCCAAGCCUUAUUAUAGUGGUUCAAGCCAAAGAAGAUGCUUAUAUUCCACGAACAGGAGUUCGAAGUCUACAAGAAAUUUGGCCCGGUUGUGAAAUCCGAUAUCUAGAAGGGGGUCAUAUUAGUGCUUAUCUGUUUAAACAAGGACUCUUCAGACGAGCCAUCUAUGAUGCAUUUGAACGCUUCCUCCAUAAAUAUGCUAACUAAUUGGAUCACUAUAUGUAGCCAGUAUGGCCAUCAUGUUUCUUAUAAAAGGAAUUUCAUCCUUUGAUGAUACGAAGAACAAGCGGACAGCACAAUAUCUAAUUGCUAUCAAUUUAGUCUGGAACUCAUUGUUAUGAUCAGUCAACAAUGCUCUUUAAAUAUAUUUGAAUAAUCGUAAACCAAUAUUUGGAUAAAAUAAUGUUGAAGUAUUUUGUUAUUGUUUUUGUGGGAAUCCCAUAUAUGCAAUAUCUAGUCUGUUGUUACUAUUUAUGAAAACUAUAUUUUUAAUUGUGAAUAAUUUAUUAAUUAAAUUUAUUCAUAGAAAACUUAUUGGUUUUUAAAGAACUACUUAAACUAAGUGUGUAAUACAUCAGCAUGUAUUCUAUACCCUUAUAUGAUAGUUCUACUAUUGACUUGAUUUGAGAACAUGUUUUUUCUUAUCUUCAACUUUAAUUUCUGCCAUGGAAAUACUUAAUGAUGUAUAAAAUCAGUGUUAACUUUGAAUUCUAAAAAAUCCCAAUUGCUUCAUACUUAAGUGGUUUUAAUAUAAAACAAAUGUGGGAAUGCAGAUAAGAUGCAUAUGACUUGGCUGGACUUUAAAACUUUCCCAAAUACUAGGUUAAAAAAUGAUGCCAAACAUAUUUCCCCUACUUAAGUUUUAAUUCAUGAAAAAUGCAAAUAAGGGAACACCUAUUGCAUUACUUGAUACUGUGUCUUAACAUUUCUUAUAUACCUACUCUGGGUUUGCUAAACAUCUAACUUUAGGUAGAUAUAUUUAACAGGUUUGGCUUUUUCAUUUCAGAAAUUAAAGGCCACAUGAAAUUUAUUUGUUCCAUAGAACUUUACUUUACAGAAAAAGAUACCAUAACUACUAACUUUUUUAAGUGGGAGAUUAUAUGGCUAGAUUUGGUGCUUUCUUUUUAUGUUAAACUUCUAAAACUAAUAUCUAAAAUGUUUGAAAAAGGUAGAAAAUAUUUUUGGGAAUUGUAUCAAGGUUUGGAAUAAAUAUAUUUGAAUUUUAUUUGUUUGAAAUAUGUAUUGUUUAUGGAUUAUUUUGAAAUAUGUAUUCCUGGUCUAGCAAGGAACCUUAAAUUAUAUUGUGCCUUCAUAGCCAUUUAAAAGAUUUUAUUUAUCACUUUAAUGUCUCCAUCAUCUUUACUUUUAAAAGCUAUUUAAAAGUCACUAAUGUGAAGUCAUUGGUGGUAUACAAAACUGUAAAUUCUGUAAACCUGCUUUGACAUAGCAAACCAAAUCAAUUUGGUUACAGCCAUUUGGUCUAUAGUAAUUUUAUAUCUUCAGACUAGAACCUUUACUUUUAACCGAAAGUAUAAAAUGUACGAAAAUUCUCAAACAAAAUACCCUUUAAAGAUAAAGCAAAAUGCUUUGUCAACUGAAUUUCAAACAUUUUCUUAGUAUAUAGUGAGGCAAUAUGAUUGAAUUGCUUUCUGAAUUACGCCUUAGUAAAACCAAUAUUUAUUUUUCACCUAAAUAUUUCUUACUAAGCAAUAAUGUACUGUGAUAUAGGACUUUCUAUUAGUAAAAGAAUGAAAUUUCAUCUCAUUUUAAUUAACUCUUAGGCAUAACUAGUUUUUUCCCAAAUAAAUGUGAAAGAGUAUUUUAAAAAUUUCAUUUCUUAACCAGAUGUUUUUAAGAAUAUUAUGCAUGCAACUUCCUAAAUUUAUUAAUUUAAGGUACAAAACAACUUUUCUUAAAGUUUUUUUUAUCAAUUUAUCCCAAAAUAAUGACUCAAGCUUUAUAUCUAUAUCUAUAGAUAUAGAGAUACAUUUUUUAAAAUGCUGUCUGCCAAUUUGAAAAUUGGGUACAUAAACUGCUAAAAAAUCAUUUAGGCCCGAGUUGCAAACUGGCAGUCAAUACAAAGCAGCUUAGCCCACAGCUGUUUUAUUCAGUAUGCAUAAUAUUUCAAAAUUUGCUUGAAUUUGAAAAGUCUUUCAACUGAGCAUGCAUUCCCUAGUUUGCCAGUCUCCUAGACUCCCUUUUUUAUCAGGCUACUUCACUACUUUGUGUUUCCGUCUUAGCCCUGAACACACUUGAGUUUGAAACUCCUGAUUUAGAUCUAUGGUUAGAAAAGCCUCUGAAUUUCAUGACUUGCUAAUGUUGUAAUCACUAUUAAUUAUUUUAGCAUACGCAUUUUAGAUUGUUAUGAAUGUAAUUUUUAAUGUGGUGCUCUCUCAUAAAGAUUAUUGAACUAACACUGUUACUGAAAAAAAUUUUAAAUCAUUUCCAGAUAUUUUAUACUUCACAAUAAAAGUCUAUUUAAAAAGUUAA